AUGACAGCAGUCACCUACUCAUCACAAAUGUCAAGUCCAACAUCAGCCACAAAUUCUUCAAAAAUUUCACUCCCCCCCUCUCCAACCACCACCUCACCUUCCCCUAGCUCACUGACCGUAAAUGCACUGGUAAUAGAUGACAACAUAAUAACAGGAAAAAUUUUAUCGAAAAUUUUAGAAAAAGAAUUUGGUCAUCACGUAACUUGUCUAGAAAGUGGUGAAGCUGCCUUAGAAGCGCUUUCAAAAGAUCUGUUCGAUAUAUGCUUUCUAGAUAUUGAUAUGCCGGGAAUUAAUGGGAUGGAAACUACACUUGCUAUUAGACGGCAAGCUGGUGUAAAUAAUCUUAAUAAUAAUUGUGCUAUUGUUUCAAAUGGUGUGGCUGGGUGUGGCGCCACAACAGGAACACCUGUAUCAUCUACAGUUUCGGCAUCUGCUUUAGCCGCUGCAAAUGCCGCUGCUUCAAAAGUCUUGGAACAGAAUCGUAGUAUUCCAAUUAUUGCAUACACAACCAAUGAGUGGUCACAACGUUUCAUGGAUGUAGGAAUGAAUGGAUUCUUGGCAAAACCAGCAACGUUGGAUUCACUCCGAAGCGAACUUGAGCGAAUUUUUUGA